AUCCGGUAUUUCGUGCUCCGUCAAAACAGGUCCUUCCUUCCUGUGCCCGUCCAUGCUCUGAACAGCUGAUGUAUUGAGUCUCGCUGUCAAAAGAGCCGUGGACCAUUUUCCCAAUAUUCUUCCAGAACAUAGCUCAACAUGAUUAAAGAGGAAGUCCACGGGGCGACGGAGGAGGAGCAGCAGGCUCAGUCAAAGAAAGCCAUGAAGAAACAGCAGAAGGAAGCGGAGAAAGCUGCAAAGAAGGCCGAGAAACAGGCCAAGCUGGCUGCCGAACAACAAAGCACAGACGAAGAUGACUUCGCCAAGGACCGAUAUGGUGUCUCAGUUAUGGUCCAGUCUCAGCAAAAACUGGACAGGACAUUGGUGCGAGUCCAGGACCUCGCCCCUGAGAAAGCGGACCAGCUGAUCUGGCUACGUGCUCGAGUCCACACCAGCAGAGCCAAAGGGAAGCAGUGCUUCUUGGUCCUGCGUCAACAGCAGUUCAACGUGCAGGCACUGGUCGCAGUGGGAGAUCGUGCCAGCAAGCAGAUGGUCAAGUUUGCAGCAAACAUCACCAAGGAGAGCAUCGUGGACGUGGAGGCGUUGGUGAGGAAAGUGGAGCAGAAGAUCGAGAGCUGUUCCCAGCAGGACGUGGAGCUCCACAUCGAGAGGAUUUUUGUCAUCAGCCAGGCAGAGCCCCGUCUCCCGCUGCAGCUAGAGGAUGCUGUCAGGCCUGAUGGAGAGGGGGAUGAGGAAGGCAGAGCCACCGUCAACCAAGAUACCAAGCUGGACAACAGGGUGAUUGAUCUCAGGACAACCACCAGCCAGGCCAUAUUUCGUCUGCAGUCAGGCGUGUGCCAGCUCUUCAGAGACACUCUCACCAAUAAGGGCUUUGUGGAGAUCCAGACGCCUAAAAUCAUAUCAGCUGCCAGCGAGGGCGGAGCCAACGUCUUCACGGUGUCCUACUUUAAAACCAGCGCCUACUUGGCCCAGUCUCCCCAGCUCUACAAGCAGAUGUGCAUCUGUGCUGACUUCGACAAGGUCUUUUGUGUCGGCCCAGUUUUCAGGGCGGAGGACUCGAACACCCACCGUCACCUGACUGAGUUUGUGGGUCUGGAUAUUGAGAUGGCCUUCAACUACCAUUACCACGAAGUCAUUGACUCCAUCACUGACACUAUGGUUCAGAUCUUCAAAGGGCUGCGAGACAACUUCCAGACGGAGAUCCAGACGGUCAACAAGCAGUUCCCCAGCGAACCUUUCAAAUUCCUGGAGCCCACCCUCAGGCUGGAGUACACGGAGGCCGUGGCCAUGCUCCGUGAGGCCGGCGUGGAGAUGGGCGACGAGGACGAUCUCAGCACGCCCAACGAAAAGCUCCUCGGUCGCCUGGUCAAGGAAAAGUAUGAUACCGACUUCUAUGUACUGGAUAAGUACCCACUGGCUGUAAGACCCUUCUACACAAUGCCUGAUCCAAACAACCCUAAAUACUCCAACUCGUACGACAUGUUCAUGAGGGGAGAGGAGAUCCUGUCUGGGGCUCAGAGGAUCCACGACGCUCAGCUGCUGACCGACCGGGCCGUCCAUCACCAGAUUGAUCUGGAGAAGAUCAAGUCAUACAUUGACUCCUUCCGGUAUGGAGCUCCCCCACACGGUGGUGGAGGAAUUGGCCUGGAGAGAGUCUGCAUGCUGUACCUUGGUCUCCACAACGUGCGUCAGACCUCCAUGUUCCCACGUGAUCCUAAGCGCCUGACACCUUGAAUCACCCAGCCAUGGAAAAACCUGGUCACCGUCAGACUAACACACGGGUAACGGUGACGGGGAAACAAAACUAAUCCACAAAGGGAAACAGUAUAUAGGAGCUGGUGCCACCCUAUGACUCCAAUGUGCCACAAUGAAUAAUCAUUAGGAUGAAAGGUUAAAGCAGAUGUAACAGUAGGAUAUACUUUAUUGGAUGGUGCACAUAGUUGUUGAACACCAACAGUUAAUGGAAACAAUAAGAUACUGUAGAGGAGAUGGCUAGUGGUUUAAAUAAAUUGCUGAAAAUCUGCACACACCUAAUCCAACUUAAAAUAAUCUAGUCAGUGUUGUUCAUUCUGUGCCCUAAGCUCUUCUCUGUGGUGAUGUUUUAACUCUACAUUAAUGCAGAUCUGAGUCCCUCUCACUACCAGCACUGACCUGGAACUAAUGAUUGUAGUCUCCAGCUGUUUGCCUGUAAAUACAGGUGUUUUGUAACUAAACACACCAUAAAAAAAUAACUUUUCAAACCCA